CUCCCGAUCCGCGCCCCGCUCCCAACCCGCCUCACCCAACGCACGCACAUGCACACCCCAAGCUGCAACUGCCUGCGCCCAAGCCUCCUCGCACGCUCUUCGCGCCCCACAGCCAGCACCGGCAGCAGCAGUAGUAGCAUUGGGUCUCUAGUUUCGCGAUUCAACGGGUUGGGCAUCAGCCCCAGUAAUAUGCUAGCGCAGGGCCAGACCCGCGGCAUGAAGGUCCGGAGCUCGGUCAAGAAACUGUGCGAAGGGUGUAAGAGCGUGAGGCGCAAGAAGGGAAGAUAUGUGUAUAUUAUUUGUUCCAAGAAUCCGAAGCAUAAGCAGAGGUGA